UGAUGAUUGUCAAAAAUGUCAGGUUAACGAAUUAAAAAUGAAAAUUAUAUUUUCAAUGGAACCUUUAUUACUUACACUUGGCUUAAUUGUGCUCAAACAGAUGUUUCGCGGUGUGUUAAUUACAAUAUAGCAUGUAAUUAUUAAUAUGCACAAAUUUUAUAAGUCGUGCUCGGUCCCUCUGUGCAAAAACACAACAAAAACAACACCUUCCAAAUUGUUUGUGUAUGUUUCACUGAAUAAAGAAAUAAGAGAAAAGUGGUUAACACUCGCAAAGCGAGACACAGCAUGUAUACCGACUUCCUCCAUGUGGUUUUGUGAAGAUCAUUUUGAUAUUCCAAAUGAUAUGGAGAAUUACAUGCAGUAUCAUCUGAUGGGGUCGGUGUCAAAAGUGCACAUGAAAACAGGAUGUAUUCCCACUAAAUUUGCAUGUCAAUCAGACAGAGAACAAUAUAUCACAGGGCAUAGGGACCUAUCUGAAAGUCCAGUGCACAUUAAGGAGGAGACAGAAGAUAUGCAGCAUUGUGACUGUCAGAUGAAGACACUGUGUGUGGAUCAAAUUAAAGAGGAGUCCUCAUGCUCGGAUGAGGAAUGCAGCAUGAGUAAGACAGUGACUCUUGGCAGCCUGUACACCAACCAUAAGCCCUUAUGUUUGGUCAGCACAGGCUAUGGUGUGAGUGAGGCAGAAAAGCUAGCUGAAGAGCUAAAGGAGGAGGCACUAUGUUCAGACGGCAUGGAGUGUGGCAUGGCUGGCAUGAGCGAGUCGGCCAUGCUGGCCGGUGCAGAUACUGACCGUGAUGUAAAGGAUGAGCUUGUGCUCGGAUCAGAGCAUGUGAAGAAAGAGCCUUCAUUGUCAGAGAGCGUAGAGUAUGGAAUGAGUGAGGCGGCCAUGCUGGCCGAUGUGGAUACUGACCAUGGUGUACAGGAUGGGCUUGUGCUCGGAUCAGAGCAUGUGAAGGAAGAGCCUUCAUUGUCAGAGAGCGUAGAGUAUGGAAUGAGUGAGGCGGCCAUGCUGGCCGGUGUGGAUACUGACCAUGGUGUACAGGAUGGGCUUGUGCUCGGAUCACAGCAUGUGAAGGAAGAGCCUUCAUUGUCAGAGAGCGUAGAGUAUGGAAUGAGUGAGGCGGCCAUGCUGGCCGGUGUGGAUACUGACCAUGGUGUACAGGAUGGGCUUGUGCUCAGAUCAGAGCAUGUGAAGGAAGAGCCUUCAUUGUCAGAGAGCGUAGAGUAUGGAAUGAGUGAGGCGGCCAUGCUGGCCGGUGUGGAUACUGAUCAUGAUGUACAGGAUGGGCUUGUGCUCAGAUCAGAGCAUGUGAAGGAAGAGCCUUCAUUGUCAGAGAGCGUAGAGUAUGGAAUGAGUGAAGCGGCAAUACUGGCAGACCUGUAUGCUGACCAUGUCGUAAAGGAUGAGUUAGUGCUGGGGUCGGAGCAUCCACAUCGGCCAGAUGUAUCUCUGGUAGGCCUCGAAUCAACAUCUGGCUUCUGUGACGUGCAACCUCUACCACACUACCUCGGAGACCACAAUUAUCCAAAAGAAUCUUCAACAGCAGUAGAAUCAACAUCUAUCUUCUGUGACGUGCAACCCCUACCACACUACCUCGGAGACCACAAUUAUGCAAAAGAAUUUUCAACAGCAGUAGUAUUUGAAGAAAAACCGUCACAAGAGCGCGUGCUUAGUCGAAACUCUCCGCUUGCGCUCCGAGACUGCUGCGUGCGGCUCGAACGUCUCCAACACCACGAGGCGCUCGCCGGCAACGACACAACACAUACUGACACGGAAUCUGAUACUGAAAACAUAUAUGCUAGAGACUGUAUCAUUAACAAUCGUACAACAACUAGUGGUACAGACAAUGAUAAUGAAAACAUAUAUGCUAGAGACUGUAAGAGGAUGUUUAUAUGCGAUCUUUGUGGCAAAAAGUUCGCUUUGAAGAAAAACAUUUCACCGCAAAUAUGA